AUGAUACAUGCUAACAUCCUUCCUCUGCCGGCGCAGUUAUCCUCGCGGUCGGCCUCUAGUAACCCCACCCCGCAUUCGGAGUUCACAGGACCUCCGUCAUUAGGAGUAUCGAUAUCCAAUUGGAUCACACGGUCGGCUUGUCGCCAAACAGUGUGUAUAGCAAGGCGCGAGCAGGAGAAGUCUAAACGGAGUCGCCGAGGCUCAUUAUUAAGAAAGCUGGCAGGCUCACGUGAGAACGCGAAGCGAUUCCUUCGCUUGCGGUCGUCUGGAAUCCAGACGCCUUUGCAACGUCCGGCUCCGCGUCGUGCACGACCAGUCUCGGAGAUUAUACUGUCGCCGACAUCGGCCCAUUUGGACGAGAUGCGAUUCGAGUCCUCGUCUACAGAGGUACUGCCUCAACCCGUACCGGAGCACCAUAUUUCAACGGUCGAUGCGACCAUUCCAUUUGCUCCGCUGCGAAAUGAGAAGAUUGUCGCCACAGGGAGUGGUAUCUCUGUUGGUAUCGCCCUUACAGAGCCGGUUCUUUACUUGCAAGGCUAUGAUCAACAUGACCCGAGCAGUAAAAAGUCCGCGAUCUUGCGGGGACAGAUACAUUUGAAAGUUACCAAAUGUGUAAAGAUCAAAAAGAUCUCGGUCUGCUUCCGCGGCCAUGCUCAGACCGACUGGCCAGAUGGUAUCCCGCCUAAGAAGAUUCACUUCCACGACAAAAAGGACCUUUUUACCCAUGGAGUGGUUUAUUUCAACCACGGUGAUACUGCGCUCAUGCAAAAUGAUUAUGGUGCGCAUUAUUACCAACACGCCAAACCGAUUUCAUCCGCACCAGGCAAGGAGGGAGUCACGAUGACAACCCGAGAGCUAUUUUCAAAUCGCAACUCCACAGCCACCCUCGCCCCACCCACCACUCGCGAAGUCAAACGCCUCUCUUUGCAAGCCAAUCGCGGUCAUUCGCGCAGCUUCAGCAAAAACGAGCCCCCGACCACCCAAAACCAACCCCAGCGCAACUACCGCAUGUUCCCCGUGGGCGAUUAUUUGUACAGCUUUGAGUUCCCAAUCGAUGGGUCAUUACCAGAGACGAUCAAGACCGAUCUAGGCUCUGUCAGAUAUGAUCUGGAGGCAAUGGUGGAACGAUCAGGUGCAUUCCGACCCAAUCUUCUCGGCACCAUGGAGAUUCCCGUCAUUCGUACUCCCGCUGAGGGCUCACUAGAGCAAGUCGAACCGAUUGCGAUUUCACGGAAUUGGGAAGACCAACUUCACUAUGAUAUCGUCAUCUCGGGGAAAUCCUUCCCGCUCGGCUCACAGAUCCCGAUUGCAUUCAAAUUGACUCCAUUAGCAAAAGUGGAGUGCCACCGAAUCAAGGUCUAUGUGACGGAGAACAUCCAGCAUUGGACGGCAGACAAGAGCGUACACCGGUUGCAGCCAGCGAAAAAAGUAUUGCUUUUCGAAAAACGGGCAGACUCCAAUAGUGUGAGCACAUAUCCUGGCAGUUCCAUGCGUGUUACCGCAGGUGGUGGCAUCGAUUGGGAUCACCGCGCCGCUGCCGCAAGAGGGCAGGAGAUCGUGAAUCGGAAUCGGACGAAUUUGCUGGGCAACUUGUCAAAUGAUUCUGGUGUCGGUCCAACUGAAAUGGAAUUCAAUGUGCAGCUGCCUAGCUGCCACGAAAUGAAGGGCCGGGACGAGAGCCAGCGGCUGCAUUUCGAUACCACAUAUGAGAAUAUCCAGAUCAAUCACUGGAUCAAAAUUGUCCUCCGUCUAUCCAAGGUUGACGAGAGGGACCCCACAAAACGAAGACACUUCGAAAUCUCCAUCGAUUCACCUUUCCACAUCCUCUCCUGUAAGGCCACCCAGGCCAAUAUCUACCUGCCGGCUUAUACAACGCCGGCCGAGGACCCCGUCCCUCCAGCUCAAGAAUUCGAAUGCGGAUGUCCCGGUGCCCCUCUCGCACCCGGAGAGCAAGCGGUCUCCCUAGCGUCAUCUGAUCGUGAAGACGGCAACUCUCCUCUGGCAUCUCUAGGUCGCCAUGACUCAACGGGCCACGCCUUCUCGCGCAGUUUCACCAACGGCUCCGGUGGCCUCGCCCGACCCCCACAAGCACACCUCGCAACGCCACCACACGACCGCAAUACCCCCACCCCGCCCCGCCCAAUGCAUCUGCUCCGCGCACCCUCAUAUGCUCCACCUGCUUUUGAAGAUGUUCCUCCCGCACCGCCGCUCGUCACUCCGCCCCCAGAGUACGAUACCAUUGUCGGUGACGACCGCGAGGCCGUCCUCGAAGAUUACUUCUCGCGAUUAUCUUUCUACGAAGAAAACGAGGACGAUGACCGUGGCCGUGGCCGCGUUGAUGUACCCCUCACACCGGGUGGACGCAUCAACCGCAGUAUGGACGUGCCUCGCGAAUGGGUGCGACUGGAAGAUCAUUUCCAGUGA